GAGUACUCCGGAUUAAAGAACAAAAACAAUCGAAAAAGAAACUAAAAGAGGGAAAAAGAACAAACGCAAACGCUGAUAAUCGUUGAACAAUCGCGGCCUGCAUCAUUCUCAUUCUCCGCUGUGCACAGAAAACUCAGGGGUCGCGCGGCAGCACCAAGCCUCCAACGCUCCAAGAACUGCUGGAUAGGAUUCCAGCAAAAUCAUGUUUGGAUCAACUAACCCUUUUGGGCAGUCGCCCACCAGCCCAUUUGGCUCACAAUCAGCUUUUGGGCAGACAAACAACAAUCCAUUUGCACCCAAGCCUUUUGGUGCUACAACUCCUUUUGGAUCUAAUACUGGGAGUUCUAUUUUUGGUGGCACAUCCACUGGUGUUUUUGGAGCUACACAGUCUUCUUCACCCUUAGGUUCCACCCCAGUUUUUGGUGCAUCUGCACCUGCUUUUGGAAGCACGGCACCUAUGUUUGGAGCUUCAUCAACUCCAGCAUUUGGUAGUUCGUCAUCAGCAUUUGGCAGUUCUUCCUUGUUUGGACAAAAGCCUGCUUUUAGUGGAUUUGGAUCCAGCACUCCUCAGCCCAGUCCUUUUGGGAGCUCCUUUCAGCAGUCUCAACCAGCAUUUGGGAGCAACUUGUUUGGUUCGUCCACGCCAUUUGGAGCGCAAAGUCAACCUGCAGCAUUUGCUACUCCAAGCACUCCUACAUUUGGUUCAGCAAGCACCCCUACAUUUGGCACAUCAAGCACACCAGCAUUCGGAGUUUCAAGUACUCCAGCCUUUGGCACAACGGCCAGCCCAACCUUUGGUAGCACAGGUAGUCCAUUUGGCGGUGUUUCUAGUUCCCCUGUUUUUGGCUCAACCACACCAGCUUUUGGAACUUCUAGUACACCUGCAUUUGGCACGUCUACUCCUGCCUUUGGCUCCACUGCAACCCAAGCAUUUGGUAAUACAAGUACUUUCAAUUUUGGAUCUGCACCUGCCUUUGGCCAAUCAGCAUCUGCUUUUGGUAGUACUCCUUUCAACACAACGCCGACACCCUUUGGCACUCAAAGUUCCGCAUUUGGUGCUUCGGCUUCAACCCCACCUUUUGGAUCAUCUGGUCUUUCAGGACAACCCCGGGGAUCUAGAGUAGCUCCUUACCAACCUACACCGGAGUUAGAUAGUGGUUCAACAGCUGCUGGUAAAGUAGAGUCCAUUUCAGCAAUGCCGGUGUACAAAGACAAAAGCCAUGAGGAACUUAGAUUUGAGGACUACCAGGCCGGAGAUAAGGGAGGGCCAGCUCAAGCUGCACAAUCUACAUUUGGUUCCUCUACGUUUGGUCAGUCAUCUGCCAAUCCAUUUUCAUCCACUACACCUUCUAGUCCAUUUGCCCCAAAAUCUACAUUUGGACUCUCAACACCAGCAUUUAGUUCUUCAGGAUUUGGAACUACAACUACUCCAAAUCUAUUUGGGUCAACAUCAUUGACAUCACCUUCUUUAUUUGGUUCAAGUGCUUCAACAUUUGGAGCGAACACUACUCCUUCCCCUUUUGGACAGUCGGGCUCAUCUUCUUUUGGACAAUCAACAUCAAUUUUCGGCUCUUCAUCAGCUCAAACUCCAACCCCAACAUUUGGCUCUAGCUUAAGUUUUAAUACUCAACCAUCCCCGCUAUUCCAGUCAACUACACCUUCAUUUGGGCAGCCAGGAGCAUUUGGACAAACAGGGGCAGCAUUUGGACAGCCUUCGUCAUCCUUUGGGCAGAGUACAUCUGCUUUUGGUCAACCAAGUUUAUUUAAUACACCAUCUACUGGUUUUGGUGGGAACUUAUUUUCAAGCACUCCAUCAAUGCAACCUACAACGAAUCCAUCAGGAUUUGGUCAAACAACACCCUCUCUUCCAACAGCCUUUCAACCUACGCAGCCUUCUCAGAAUACUGGGUUUGGGUUUGGUAACUUUGGUCAAACACAUGGAGCUGCUUCAAAUAGCUUCGGGGCACCAAAUAUGUUUGGCCAGAACAAUUUUCUUCAGCCGUCAGCCACUCAAAGCUCAUUAGUUUUACAGCCAGUACCAGUGAGUAAUCCUUUUGGAACCUUGCCUGCAAUGCCUCAAAUGUCAAUUGGCCGGACAGGAAAUUCUCCUUCUGUACAGUAUGGGAUAUCAAAUCUCCCUGUUGUUGACAAACCUGCUCCUGUUAGGAUAUCGUCAUUAUUGACAUCGCGACACUUUUCUCAAAGGCGUCCUAGGUUGCCUGCAAGGAAAUAUAAUCCAAAAUCUGAAGGGCAUAAGGUGGCAUUCUUUACUGAUGAUGAAGAGACAACUAGCACACCAAAGGCAGAUGCCUUUUUCAUUCCCAGGGAGAAUCCAAGAGCUCUGGUAAUUCGGCCAUUGGAGCAAUGGCCCACUAGAGGAAGUUCCGAGAAACCGUCUCCUAAUCAACCUUGUUCUACAGCAGAACAAAAUGGCAAAGCACUAGAAGACACAUCUGCUCCUCAAUCUAAUGGAUACUAUAAGGGUGUUAAAGAAAAUGGUACUGAAAAUGGAAGCAGCUCCAAGGAAACCACCAACCCUCUUAAAACAAACCAUAAACCCAAUGGUGUCCCAGAAGGAGGGGCGUCUACUGCUACCCAAAAGGGAGGCUCGUCUUCCAUUACUCUAACUGGCCACCGAGCGGGCGAAGCAGCAAUUGUAUAUGAACAUGGGGCUGACAUUGAGGCACUGAUGCCGAAGCUAAGGCACCCCGAUUAUUACACCGAGCCUCGGGUCCAGGAGCUGGCAGCCAAGGAAAGGGUAGAACCUGGGUUCUGCCGCCGUGUUAAAGAUUUCGUCGUGGGAAGGCAUGGAUUCGGAAGCAUAAGAUUCCUUGGAGAAACAGAUGUACGAAGGCUUGAUCUGGAGUCUAUUAUUCAAUUCAACAACAAAGAGGUGAUUGUGUAUGAUGAGACCAAAAAACCACCUGUUGGACAAGGUCUCAACAAACCAGCUGAGGUCACACUCCUCAACAUAAAAUGUUUUGAUAAGAAGACGGGGCAGAACUAUACCGACGGGCCAAGAGUUGACAGGUACAAAGAAAUGCUUAAAAGAAAAACAGAGGAUCAAGGUGCUGAGUUUGUGUCCUUUGAUGCAUCCAAAGGAGAAUGGAAGUUCAAGGUCAAACAUUUCAGCAAAUAUUGGCUUGGAGAUGAUGAAGAUGAGGAAACUUCACCAGGACUAUCUAUCUAGUAUUGUAGUUUGCGCGAUUCUUUUGUCAACCCUUGUUGGGUCAAUGUUUUCUCCUUGUGCUUUUUAUCCUUUUCUUGAUAUGUUUGAUUUGUGCUCAACUGGCUUACAUUUUUUUUUUUUGCUUUUGUAAUUCUGUAAAUUGUGUCGUCUUUUCUGUGCUUUCUGCUGUGUGUCUGGUCUGAACACUAUUUGGACCAUACUACCAUAGGUACUAACUAUCAAAUGUACUGUUUCGAUAUAGUGGUUAUGUGUACAAGGAUUGCUGGUUGACUAGCUAUUAAUGAAACAAUAUUAGGUGUCUCUUGUUAUUUACCUAGUAUGUAGUUUGGUUCUGCAUGAAACAUCGG